AUGAAGAGGAUAAAACGAGCGCUUAACGCGCUCUUUUCAAGCGAAGACUCUCCACCUCCCAAUCAGUCAACCAAUCAGCCACCCCCGACGCACCAGGCAAUUUUACUCGGGCAAAGCACAACGAACCAUUCCAACGUCACAUUAGGCGGGGAGAGGACCUUGUUUUCUGGACACGCGCCCGCGAUUUACCCAUCGCAACCGGUGAAUAUUGGCGGGGUUGUGACUGGCAGUGGUUUCGCAGGUCUCCAGUCUGCACAGGUGCUCGAAAUACCUGGCCUUGGAGUUCUUAUUGCAAAUGGACAAGCGACAGUCACCCCACAGCUCGUUCAAUCAGUGGGGGAGGGUUCGUAUACUUCACAUCCCGGUCCUCCCGUCACCUUUGGCCUUCAAUCGUCGCCCAACGUGCAAGGAUCGCUUGGUACUACUCCUGCAACAGUUCCUACGCCUCCCCAUCACGCUAUAUCGCAAAUCUCAGCAACCAGCGUUGGAACACCGACUAAUCCAUUCGUCUUUGCGCCCUCAGCAGUCCCGAAUGCCUUUGGGGCUGAAGCCCAACGUACAACUGCGUCCCAAACUGCCCAUCGUGCGUCAGCUAACUCAACGACCCCGGCAUUACCUUCGACAUUCCAUGGAGGCCAAACUUUCGCGAAAAAUCCCGGUUUCAAUACCAACUCUGAGGUGCUGUCUGCAGUCGAGCAAGAAAAGGAUCAUCAAGACUGGCCUAAUGGUGACGUACGACGAGAGAUUGAAAAGGGAGCCAGCAAACCAGGAUGGAGGGAAUCCAAGUGGGUUUGGACCUCGCAGGGAAGGCGAGGCUUUGAUGGUGCAGAUGCCCGAACCAACGCCUGCUGCGGUGUUUUCAUCUGCGCCAACGAGCAAUGUCGCAUCCCUGUCCGUCCCAAAACCCAGAGCGCUGCUCGGAAGGCACAGAUCGACGAGGGGUGUGCGCAUUGCCACACCGCCCCACUCCAGGUCUACCGCUGUACCGUUCAGUCGUUCCACUAUGAACAGGAACGAGGGGGAAAGGUUUACGAAGUCUGGGCACACCAAGGAACGCAUACACAUCCCCGCCCUCCGCUCAACUUCCUUACGCACGACGAAAAGGCGGCUGUCGUCGCCCAGGUCCAGCUUAACCCAGUCGGCACUUCCGCUCUACAGCUCCGGGCAGGAACACUUCAACCAGGGUCGGUUCCAUUGCCAGAAAUAUCGCCUGUACUCGCCAACGCCAGCAGUGCACGGUACUACAUGAAACAGGCCCAGCAGCAACUUGGAGUAGGAGCACCGCAGACUUCCAAAGGUGGCCUGGCACUGCUCAAGGAACUGAUUGGUUUGAACGACGAGUUGGGCGAUGAAUUCCUGAUCUACUCGCAGCUUCACUCGUCUCUUGGUGUCCUGGUCUUCCGAACACGCUUCAUGACCAAACUCAUCGAGAGCAGUGUCGAGGAUUGGGGUAGCACGGACGAGCGAAUGGAUGGGAGGCAUGGAUUUGUCUCAGAUGGGAAUCAUUCCUUUUUCAAGGAUGGGGUACUGCUGACGAGCAACGUCUUCUCUUCGAGGUUGCGGGAAUGGGUUCCAGUGGUUUGGACGCUUAUCUUUGGUAUGGAUGAAGACCACCACCGCCCUCACUUCAAGCAUCUCUUUGGCCCUAUAAUCGCGAAGCUGAAAUCAACCGGACGUCCUUUUGAUAAGCGGUUUCUCCUUAACGUCAUGGAUUUUUCGCUUGCCCAACGUAGAGCACAUGCCGAGGAAUACGCCCUAGCUGCUGCUUCGAUGAUCCCAGGCUUCACACACCUUGCCCCCACUGUCCAAGAGCAGCAGAUGGUUCUGCUACGGGAGGAAGCUAAGGCGGUCGAGAUUGGGUGUCAGUUUCACUUUUGGAACCAAGCAACACGGGUCAAGGGUGACAGUGGUUUGGUUGACCAGGGAAGGGCGGCCGACUUCGAAUAUAUCUUGCGCAAGAUGGUCUCCAAAGAGACUGAUCAAGCUCAGUUCGAUGUGUGUGUCCGUCGCAUCGAAACCGAGUUUCCUCAGGCAUAUGCCUGGAUCUCAUGGUGGCUCCAAGAUGCCGUGGUUGGAAUGAUAUUUCCAGCAAAAAGCAACAUUCACCAUGAGGAUGCUGCUGACGCACCAACGACUUCCAAUGCUGGAGAGCAUGGUCACUCACUUCUCAAUGCCGCUAUGGGUUCUGGAAACGAUCUGCUGGAGGGUUUACGGAAGUUGAAGAAGUAUGAGAGCGCCUUUGAAAGGAAGUUCAACGCGAUUAGUGAUGGUCACUUUACGCCUGCGGGUCCUCGUGAAAAGCGUUCAACAAAGCGUGUAAAGUUCUUCGAAAACGAUGGGCGUGCUCCUGAUACAACAACUGCUAUUCAAGCGCUGGCAACCUCACCUCCUUCCAUCGAUUUGUAUGCAUCAUGGCCCCUCUUCACCCUCGCCUACAAAUGGGACAGCCCCAACUCCUGCUUUUUUGACCAUGGCCUCGAGCUCUGGUUCCGCGCCUAUGUCGUGUGGCCAGAGAAAGCUAGAGCGGAGUGUCGGAAUCUCGUUCCCUCAAGCAGCUUUCUAGGGGGAAUGCUUAGCCAUUUCGACCGUCGGUGGAAACUCGUAACAACGACCAAAAAGAAGAGCUCCAAUCCAGAAUCAUCGCUAAAGAAGGCACUCACAACCCAGCAAGGUGUAACCCGGAAUCGAAUCUUCAACCACUGGAUGCCCUCCCUCGAGAAGGACUCCUAUCAGUCCGCCACUGACUGGCUUCAGUUCGCUAUUGAGGACGGAAAUGUUUCCCUUGACGCCCAAGCGUUCUUCGGUAUCCGGAACCUGGUGUAUACUAAGUGUUCCAAUGGCCAUGAGCAGUCCAAAUGGCAUAGCGAGGAAGUACACUGUCUUACACGCCUCUCGUCUCGUUUUAUCGAGAUGAUAGGUAGUCGGGAUGAUCGAAGUGGGACAGCGAUCUCAUUGGGGGAGUACUUCUCUGAACUUGUCCCAUUGAAGCCAAACCUCGAACCCGACGGCUUCACAGGGCUACAGCCAUGCACUCAUCGCGGAUGUGGCGCAAUCUCAUCCCUUCACAAAAUCUCGACUUCAUGGCCACAGAUUCUGACGAUCGAGUCCAACCUCCGAUGCAACGAUCAAGUGGAUAAUACCCUCACCUUUGAUUCACGGUUUACCAUUGCCAUCGUCGAUAAUCACCUCGCUGCAAACCAACCACGUGUCACGUAUGAAUUGGUUGGACGGAUCAUCUCAAAAAAUGGGAACCAUUUUGUUGCUCACCUCCGCCUUGGGACAAGCUACUACAGCUACGACGACAUGGCCAAUAAUGGGAAGUUGAAGAAGCUCAAGACGAGUCAGUCUCUGGAGAAGCGUCAUACCACAGAGGUGUACUAUGUCUACGUUCGUACAAGUACCACUGGGAAGACCAUACAGCCAGGCGAAAUGGCUCAAGCUACACGCCUUAAUUUCAUGAAGACUGUUGUCCACGGAAGUAGUGAACGACCAGUUGCGGUUUCCGACUCGGGCUCCGACCUUUCGUACAUGUCGGAUCCAGGGGAAGGAAAUAUUCCAGCACGACAACGACGAUCCCAGCGCGAAACUAGUAAACGCCCGAAGUCCUAUAUAGAACCGGAAGACAUCGGUCUUGAUGUUUUUGACAAAGAGACCAACAUCUUCGGUGAUUCGGACGAAGACGUUGGGGGUCUAUUUGACACCAAGAGCGUCACGCCGGAGCCUCUAAUCCCUCUUAAGCAGGAAUUGGACUCGCGGGAGGAGGAAAAGGCAAGCAAAGAGCCGCACUCCAACCUCUCUGAUCCUCCUAAGUCCCUUCCCAAAUCGACGACCUUGACUGUUCAAUCUUGUCUAACCUGCGGCGUCACCGGUCCCUCUGCUUCUGAACUGAUCUAUUGUGGAAUUUGCAAGGUUGCUAGCCAUGUGGUGUGCGUUCGGCGAACUCUACCAACCAACUUCGACGAAGCAUUCGUUUUCGACUUCCACUUCUGUUGCGAGUCCUGUAUCCACUACGGACGAUGGGACGAAGUCAUGAUUGGAUCGUUCAUUCUCGUCAAUAUAUACGAGGUUAUACCGCGUUCUACGGGCCUUUCCAAGCCUGCCAUGUCGUUCUACUAUCCAGCAAAAAUCAUUGCUAGGCAUGAUAAGGUAGCGACGCUCCAAUGGCACGAGUUCAACUACUACAGAGAGAAGAUUCCUCAAGUGCCUCCAACGUUCGAGCGAGAGCAAGCGUUUGGAUCGAUUUGCUGGCCACUGGAGCUAUCAUCAGACGAGCUUACUGGGGAGCAACGGUCGAAGCUGACCGCCGGGGACAAGCUCAACCUCAUGGCGGCAAUGACCAAUGCUCUUCCAGCGGUUGUUUCUGUUGUCAGAGGUGAUCGCUUCCACCCGAUUUCUAGGCUGAUGGAGCAACACAUGGCGAAGUUACCGGGUACAGCUUCCACACUGUCUCGGAAUAAUCAUGUUGUCGAGUUCAGGUCUCUCUUCUCCCUCCCAGUCUUUCCGGGCCAUCGAAACCUCAUCGAACAUUUCUUGAGGGAGGUCAAUAUCCUGGAGAAGAUUGGGGACAAGCGAAAUCCUGAUGAAGCCGAUACAGCUGCGGUAGGCUUGAUGGAGCUGGUCGUCCUUCGACAAUACUUCGGGGUCAACAGCAGUCACGAUGGCGAAAUUUACGAACUCAGCAGAUGGCUAACUCAAGACGAGUACGACAAGUCUCUUCCUGAGAACGUCACAUUGCGGGGUAGACUGGUCCGCCAACUCACCGAUCACGAGAAGGCCUUCAACUCCAUCAAUCCAACUUCCCCAGACGACGACUCAAAGGCUUUAGUAAAGUCCGACAAGCUUUCUGGCCUGGCAACAUACACAAGGCAGCAACUCCACCUUCGAAUCGAUGACACUCUCCGUAUCCCAAACACUUCGUCCCUCGUCCAAGCUCUAACAGAACAAGGAGAACGAUAUAUCUUUGGCUCUUACGCUCCCGAACACUGCAUGGCGAUGGAAUUGGGCCGAGAGGAGGAAAAGAAUGUCAAGGAUUAUCCCCCAGUCCCCGCUUUCCCUCGUAGUUUUCCAUUGACUGGAACCUAUCGCGUCGUCAGCAGCAUACCAUCGACUUCGAAGCCCACCAAGCUUGAACAGACGAAGCUCAACUUCAAACCGACCAAGAGAGAGCAGCAGAUGACCACCACCACCACACGAGUACUCCGAGCUUCAACAGUCCAAAAGAGGGACAGAGUAGGAUCUUUGGACGAAGAGGUGGAUGUUUCUCGUUUGGGUGAGAAUAAAAGAGGCACAAAGCGCGUUAGGAAGUAG